AUGGAGCUGUCUCCCGGGCCAGGCGAGGCUCUCCACAUUGUGGACGACGACUCGGACCCGGAGCCCGACUCCGACGCUCAGGCCGAGGCCUAUGUGGCCCGCGUGCUGACUCCGCCGAAGGCGGGCCUGGAGCCCGUGCGCGCCCCGCCGCUGCCAGUGCCCACCACGUCCCCCAGUGCCUUGGAGCCGCGGGUGACGUACAAGGUUUCGGCGGCAGGUACUCCGGGCCUGCUGAGCCUGCCCCCGGAACUCUUGCUGGAGAUCUGCGCCUACCUGGACGCGCGCCUCGUGCUCCAGGUCCUGCCGCGCGUGUGCCACGCGCUGCGCGACCUCGUGCGUGACCAUGUCACCUGGAGGCUCCGCGCACUACGCCGCGUCCGCGCGCCCUAUCCGGUGGUGGAAGAGGAGGACUUCGACUGGCCCAGCGCCUGCAUUGAGCUGGAGCAGCACCUGGCGCGCUGGGCCGAGGACGGGCAUCAGGCUGAGUACUUCUGCCUGCCCGAUGGGCACUUUGCUUCUGUUGACUCGGUGCUGCUGCUCCAGGACGGGGCGCUCUGUCUGUCAGGCUCCCGAGAUCGCAAUGUCAAUCUGUGGGACCUACGGCAGCUGGGGUCGAAGCCCAGCCAGGUGCUGGUCAAAGCCCUGGGCACCCCGCCAGACAGCACUCACAAGGGCUGGGUGUGGUCACUGGCGGCCCAGGACCACCGCGUGUGCUCCGGCUCCUGGGACAGCACAGUGAAGCUCUGGGACAUGGCGGCUGAUGGGCAGCAGUUCGGCGAGAUAAAUGGCAAGGCGGCUGUGCUGUGCCUCUCCUAUCAGCCUGACAUCCUGGUGACGGGCACCUAUGACAAGAAAGUGACAGUGUAUGACCCGAGAGCCGGCCCAGCCCUGCUGAAGAGCCGGCAGCUGCACUCGAGUGCAGUGCUGGCCUUGCUGGCCGACGACAGGCACAUCAUCUCGGGCAGCGAGGACCGCACGCUGGUGGUUUUCGACCGCCGGGCCAACAGUGUCCUGCAGCGACUGCAGUUGGAUUCAUACCUGCUCUGCAUGUCCUACCAGGAGCCCCAGCUCUGGGCUGGCGACAACCAGGGCCUGCUGCACGUAUUCGCUAACCACCAUGGCUGCUUCCAGCUCGUUCGGACCUUUGACGUGGGCCACAGGUCUCAGAUCACAGGGAUCAAACACUCGCUGGGGACUUUGUACACCACAUCCACUGACAAGACCAUCCGGGUGCAUGUACCCACAGAUCCGCCAAGGACCAUCUGCACCCGCAAUUACGAUGAAGUGCUGAAUGGGAUCUGUGCUGAGGGCAACCUGGUGGUGGCUGCCUCCGGGGGCAUGUCGCUGGAAGUCUGGAGGCUACAGGCCUGA